AUGCAGUUCUCAUCUAUCAUUACAAGUCUCAUCGCAGCUGCGACUUGCAUCUCUGCCCUUCCGGCACCGCAACUGGCUAAGAGAGAAAUCGGAGGUGUCUUGAUCUGCAAUGGUGCCAAUGCUACGGGCACAUGUCACUAUGAGGUCUACUCGAUGCACGACUGUCACGAGCUCCCCGACGGCCUUAUCAACAACGCCAAGACGUUCGCUCCCGAUGGCGAUGCUUUCUACUGCUGGCCUAAGGUAGGCCGUUGCGAUCAGAUCUGCACGUCGCCAACAGGUUGCACUUUCGGUGCUGUAUCCUUCUACAACCCCAUCAAAUGGGAUCUGUCGAGCAUAAAGUGGGAUACUCUAAUCACAUCUUUCGAAUGCGCGCUCAACCAAACCACGAAGGCAUAG